CCAUAUAGAAUAUUGAAACCAAUCAAAUUCAUAACCUCGUCAAUCAAAGAGUAUAAAUACAUGUAUUUCGUUUCUUCUGUACAAGGAAACCUACCCUACCCUAGCACAGCACCAGCAUCAGUUAUUAAUAAUUAUAAAGCGGCCUAGUAGCUUGUUCAAUUAUAGAAAUAUCCGGGUGCAAAAAAAACCACCAAAAAACAGUUGAUCAUGGUGAAGCAAAGACGGUUUGUGUUGGUGAAGCAUUUUUCAGGGAUGCCGAAAAAGGAUGACUUGAAAAUUGUGGAAAAAGAGCUGCCAGCUAUAAAAGAUGGAGAGGUGCUUCUGGAAACCUUGUAUCUGACUGUUGAUCCAUAUAUGAGGCCAUACAGUUUCAGAAUGAAAGAAGGAGACACCAUGAUUGGAGAAAAUAUGGCAAAAGUGAUAGAGAGCAAGAAUUCCAAUUAUCCAGUGGGAACUAAUGUUGUGAGCAUGUCGGGCUGGUGUACUCAUGCAAUCUCCAAUGGCCAACAGCUAAGGAAGGUUCCAGCUUAUCCUGCUGAUCUUCCGUAUUCGCUGUCACUCGGAAUACUUGGAAUGCCUGGAAUGACAGCAUACUUUGGAGUGACAGAGAUCUUGAAGCCCAAAGCUGGAGAAACUAUGUUUGUUAGUGGAGCAGCAGGGGCCGUCGGUGCUGUAGUGGGACAACUUGGAAAAAUAUUGGGUUGCCGGGUAAUUGGAUCGGCAGGAUCAGAAGAGAAGAUUAAAUACUUAAAAGAAAUUGGUUACGAUGAUGCGUUCAACUACAAGACGACGACUAAUUUAGAGAAAACUAUAAAAGACAUGUGUCCAGAUGGCAUACACAUGUAUUUUGACAAUGUUGGAGGUGAAUUAACAAGUACUGUGAUGAACAUUAUGAAUGAUUUUGGCAGAAUAGCAAUGUGCGGAGCCAUCUCAGGUUACAAUGCAAAGACACCAACACAGAUUAUACAGUUUCCAAUCGUUAGUAAACAGCUGAAAAUUGAGGGAUUCAUUGUGAGAAGAUGGGCUGAUAGAUGGCCUGAAGGUAUUGAAAAAUUCAUGAAAUACAUCGCUGAGGGUAAGAUGGCGUACAAAGAGCAUGUGACUGAAGGAUUUGACAAUAUGUUCAAAGCUUUUUAUGAGCUGUUCACUGGGGCCAACUUUGGAAAAGCUAUUGUCAAGGUUUAACAUACAGUAAUGAUGUAAUUUGUAAUUGAGUUUACUUCAACAUUAUUGCGGUAAAGUUUAAAUACAACUCAGUAUUUUUCAGUACGUUCUUGCAUCAAGGUGCAAGUGUGAAAAUUGUUAACAGACCAAGAAAGAAAAUUAAAAUCGUAGUAUUACAAGUUUAUGGUGAUAUCAAAAUCACAGUCCCAAGUACAUAUAAGUUGAAAUCGGUAUUCAAAAAUAUUGAAAGUGAAAGUAGUAUAUUUUAGAAUUUAAAAAUUACAUCACUGUUAUUAAACGAUUGUGAAGUAUUUUACUGUGUGAUUUUCUACAGUAUAAAGAUGAUAAUAUAUUCUUAACAAAAGCAUCAAUAUAAUUAUUCAUGAAAUAACAUUGCAAGAACAAGAAUAAAGUCCAAUUUACAAUUAUGAUAAAUAAUAAUUUUAAAUAAAUUGUGAUACAAGUAUGAAGGAAAAUGCAUAUUUAAUCAUUACUAAUGAUAAAACUAUUAGCCAUAGGUAAUAACUGAUAUGUGAUAGAUUUGUUUAUUUUGUGUUUUUUUACAAGAGAUUGAUUGAAUAUAAUUUGGCGAAUUGUUCUAUUUCAAUGUAGCAUUUGAUAAUUACAAUAUAAACAUAAUUGUCUUUUUUAUAUUAAUGGUCAUAGAAAUAAGUAAAAUAAAUUAAUGCACAAACCAAUCAAAAUAGAAGUCUACUAUUUUUUAAAUUUACAGUGCAGUAUUUUAUUUUCCAUUUUCAUUUCCAAUUAAAUAGAACUGCUGACAUCAUA